UUAUAUCCCGCCGCUGCCCGCGACUGUCGCCGUCUUACAUUUCUCUCUGCCUUUUGAGUCUGCCCGUUCUCUUCCCCCCACCUUUAUACCCAGAGCCCCGCAAACCCAUCCCUCACCAUGUCCGCCGACACCGUUGGAAAGACCAUCACCUGCAAGGCUGCCGUUGCCUGGGAAGCCGGCAAGGACCUGUCCAUUGAGGACAUUGAGGUCGCCCCGCCCAAGGCCCACGAGGUCCGCAUCCAGAUUCACUACACCGGUGUCUGCCACACGGAUGCGUACACCCUGUCCGGUAAGGACCCCGAGGGUGCCUUCCCUAUCGUGCUGGGUCACGAGGGUGCGGGUAUUGUCGAGUCUGUUGGCGAGGGCGUCACCAAUGUGAAGCCCGGUGACAACGUUGUUGCUCUCUACACCCCCGAAUGCCGUGAGUGCAAGUUCUGCAAGUCUGGCAAGACCAACCUCUGCGGCAAGAUUCGCGCAACCCAGGGCAAGGGUGUCAUGCCCGACGGCACCUCUCGCUUCAAGUGCAAGGGCAAGGACCUGUUGCACUUCAUGGGCACUUCCACCUUCUCCCAGUAUACCGUCGUUGCCGACAUUUCCGUCGUUGCCAUCACCGAGAAGGCUCCCAUGGACCGCACUUGCUUGCUCGGCUGCGGUAUCACCACCGGUUACGGUGCGGCCGUUAUCACUGCCGGCAAGAACGGUGUCGAGAAGGGUUCCAACAUUGCCGUCUUCGGUGCUGGCUGCGUCGGUCUGUCUGUCAUCCAGGGUGCGGUGAAGAACGGUGCUAGCAAGAUCAUCGUCGUUGAUGUCAACGACAGCAAGGAGUCCUGGUCGAAGAAAUUCGGCGCCACCGACUUCGUCAACCCCAUGAAGCUGCCUGAGGGCACCAGCAUCCAGGAGAAGCUGAUUGAGAUGACGGACGGUGGCUGCGACUACACUUUCGACUGCACGGGUAACGUCCACGUCAUGAGGAGCGCGCUCGAGGCUUGCCACAAGGGCUGGGGCGAGAGCAUCAUCAUCGGUGUCGCCGCCGCUGGCCAGGAGAUCUCGACGAGGCCAUUCCAGCUCGUCACCGGCCGUGUCUGGAAGGGUUGCGCUUUCGGCGGUGUCAAGGGCCGCACUCAGCUCCCCGAGUUGGUCGACGACUACAUGACCGGCAAGCUCAAGGUCGACGAGUUCAUCACCCACCGCCAGAACCUAGACAGGGUCAACCAGGCCUUCGCCGACAUGCGCGCCGGCGACUGCAUUCGCUGCGUCGUUGACAUGCGUCAGGCAUGAAUCGGUUGCGGGUUGAAAAGUCGAUUGUGAGGUCAGGAGUUGGUGCAGGAGUUGGUGCAGGAGUUGGCGCAGGAGUCGGCGCAUAUGUGAUGCCUUAUGAGAACGGAAGUACCCCUGGGCGGUUGGAAGUCAAAAACGGGGUGUGUCGUAAAUAUGAAAUGAACGAUUUGUCGAACAUAGAUGUGCUACAGUCCGAUCCCCUUGAAGCGUUGAUUGUUUAUAACGUUGCUUCUCUAUAACGGUAAAAGUGUGCAAACGGGAGUUGCUAAUCAACUCAAAUAGUGUAUACCAGGCUUGAUUAGUUGCGGUUGUCAUGUUGGCCAUGGUUGGAC